AUUGUUUUCUACUUUAUCCUGAACAAUGCAGUUAAAUAUCGAGUUAGUCCGGAAGAAAAACAAUGUAAUCCACGAAACUUAGGAUAUAAAUCCGCAAUACAUCAAAUAUGGCGAUGUAUACAAUGAAAGUUAUCCUAGCCUCGUUACUAUUCUGUUCUAUCUCAGCUUCAACUGGAGACAAUACGAUUAUUGAUACUGCUGGUUUAGAGCCAACAGGGUUACAAAAUGUUGAAGAUGUUAGAGAAAAUAUAAUAUCAAUGGAUUUGGAUUGGGAUCUAGAGAAUAUACAGGAAAUGAAUAUGGAAAACAUCGGAUAUGGAAUAAAUGUGACAGAAUCUGGAGAUGAUGUUGUUGAAUCCAAUCUGAAGUCUCCAGCAAUGUCAUUUAUAAACGAAGAGGUGGUUGUUGAGGCGGAGAAGGAGGAAGGGGGGCGGAGAAGAUCCAAUGUGAACUGGGUUCUUAUAGGAAUGGGAUUAUCUGUAGGAAUUGUAUCUGUUGGUAUAAUAGCUGGCGUUAUUAUAUUAACUGUAAAGUGUCUUGGUAAAAAGAAGAGAUCUGUUAGAAUUGAAGAAAGGGCCUAGUUUGAGAAUAUUAUAAUCUGAUCAACACAUAUGCUCUAUGCUUUGGAUAAAUCUAUUGUAAAAUAAUAAUAAAAUAUAUAUUCUAAAACGUGA